AUGGGCAAGCAUUGGGGCGUCAGCACGUUGCUGGCCUCCGCAUUCGCUGCGCUGGCUGCAGCACAAGACACCAAUGUCUUCAGCAAAGCGUCCAACGACAGUCUGCUCUGGGGACCUUACCGAUCGAAUCUUUACUUUGGCGUACGACCCCGAACACCGAAAUCGCUAUUGACAGGACUGCUUUGGUCUCGCGUGGAAGAUUUUGUUUCCGUUCAAGAGAAUAUCCGAUACACUUGCGAACAACAUGAGGGGAUGGCAGGAUAUGGCUGGGAUGCGUACGACCCGAGAACAGGGGGUAUUCAAGUGAUCCACGACAAGGGAAAUGGAAUUGAUAUCGAGACGAGCUUCGUCAAGUUUGACGAAGGCCGAGGAGGCUGGGCAGCGAGGAUCAAGGGCACACCCAGAGAAGAUGCAGAGCCAAUGGAGGCAGUCCAGUACAGCAGCGGUGGGCAAGAGAUGAAGACAGCAGUCUGGUUCACUGUGAGCGCUGAGGGGCUUGGUAGUGUGCAGCCACAAGAAGUGGAGAACGCCGAUGAGCUGGGCUACGAAGGCGACGUUGUGCUAGAAGGACAGACCAACGAUCUGGGAGACUUCAAGCUUACUAUCACUGAGCCAAAGGGAACAAACCAUCCUGCGCAUACGCACCCUUCUUACCAAACCAAGCCCCUGUCUAAUGCCUUUGUACAUUCGCUUCAGGUUCCCGAAGAAGCUCUUUGGCAGGCCAAAGGUAAGUAGUUUUGCAUUCCACGGCCGCUUCCUGGGGAUGCUGAUUCUGACCAAGAUUUCUUGCAGCGCUGCUUUUCAGUUCGAUGAAGACCACCAUUGAUCAAUACAUAGAAGAGUACACCAAGGAGAAUAUGCCGCCUCCAUGGCAGACCUACACUAUCCAGAAUCAGCCCGGUCAAGGCAACAUGCACCUGAUACAGAAAGUACUCGAAGGUCCCUUCGAAUUCGAUGUCUUCUUCACGCCUGACUCUGCCACGCCAAAGUCAUCCGAAGAUCUCAGCAAGGCCAUCGCAAAGGUGACGGCUCAGUUCGAUAAGAAAUACCAGGUCGUCCACAAGCCCCAAGCUCCCUUCAAAGAUGAAAAGUAUCUCGGCUUCAGCAAGUCGCUGUUCAGCAACCUGAUCGGAGGCAUCAGCUACUUCUAUGGCGACCAAGUCAUCGACCGCUCUUAUGCUCCGGAAUACGAGGAAGAAAAUGAAGGUUUCUGGCAGGAGGCCGAGGAAGCGCGUGGCCGCAAUCAGCAAAAGCUUGAAGGGCCAUAUGAGCUAUUCACUUCCGUACCGUCUCGGCCUUUCUUCCCGCGGGGAUUCCUGUGGGAUGAGGGUUUCCACCUACUGCCUAUCCUGGACUGGGAUGCGGAGGUGGUCAUGCAGAUUCUAAGCUCCUGGUUCAACACCAUGGACGAGGAUGGCUGGAUUCCCAGGGAACAAAUCUUGGGCUCGGAGGCUCGAAGUAAAGUUCCCGCGGAGUUCCAAGUGCAAUACCCUCACUAUGCCAAUCCGCCAACUCUGUUCAUUGCUCUUGAGGCUCUUGUCGACAAGAUUGAGGGCAAGGCUGGUUCUGGAGUUGCCUUGGACGAACAGAGUCAGCAGACCCUGGGAACAAUUGGCGGAGAAGUCCUUGCAAGUCCUGAAUCUAUCAAAGCUUGGCUGAGGCAGCUCUACCCAUUCCUUCAAAAGAACUUCGAGUGGUACCGUAAGACUCAGUGGGGGGAUUUGAAGUCGUAUGACCGGGAGGCUUUCAGCUCAAAGGAGGCGUACAGGUGGCGAGGAAGGACUCCACGGCAUAUCUUGACGUCUGGUCUUGACGAUUACCCGCGCGCGCAACCACCGCAUCCAGGUGAGUUGCAUGUCGAUCUGAUCAGCUGGAUGGGUCUCAUGAGCAGAAACAUCUACCGUGUUGCUAGCUUUCUUGGAGAGAAAGAUGACGAGAUCAAAUACGGGAAGAUCGUUGAGGCCAUUCGCAGGAAUGUGGACGACUUGCACUGGUCGAAGAAAGACAAGACGUAUUGCGAUGCGACUAUUGAUGACUAUGAAGAGAACGUGCUGGUGUGUCACAAAGGAUACAUCAGUAUCUUCCCAUUCAUGAGCGGCUUGCUGGGCCCUGAUCACGAGCAUCUGAAAGAUGUUCUCGAUUUGAUUGGCGACGAAGAGGAACUAUGGAGCCCCCACGGAAUUCGAAGUUUGAGCAGGAGCGACGAGAACUACGGAACAGACGAGAACUACUGGCGAAGCCCGGUCUGGAUGAAUAUGAACUACCUGAUCGUGAAGGAGCUCUACGUAAGUCCUUGCAUGACCCUCGGAUGCCUUGAAAUAGAAGCUGACAGUUUCGCAGAACAUUGCCUCGCAGCCUGGUCCGCAACAGAAGCGGGCGGGCACCAUGUACAACGCACUCCGCAAGAACUUGAUCGACACUGUCUACAAGUCUUGGCUAGAGACCGGAUUCGCGUGGGAGCAAUACAAUCCCGAGACCGGCGUUGGUCAGAGAACACAGCACUUCACCGGCUGGACAAGUCUCGUCGUGAAGAUUAUGGCCAUGCCAGAGAUCGGCAAGAAGGGCGGCCACGAUGAGCUAUGA